UCUGGACUCUUGUGGGGCUGGCAGAUUGGUGAAGAGGACCCAGCUUAGCAAGGGGCCGCUGCACAGUGAGGUGGGGGCUGAGGAGGAGGCCAAGAGGGCUAGGGUUUCUCCGUGGUGGAGGGUAUCAUGGGGACAUCUGCAGGAAGGGGAAGCUAGCUGGGGGCAAGUGUCAGAGAGACGGUGAAGGCAUGGUGGGGAAGACGCCGGCUGGGAGGGGAAGAGACCUGGGGACAGAGGCACCCACAGGGUAGGGCGGCCAGGCUUGCAGAAAGGCCAGGGCAGGCAAGUGGCCUGAGCUGCAAGGAGACGGGUGUCACAGGGGCUUGGAGGGGACACCUGGCCCCAGGGGCAGCGGCUUCCAACAGCUGAGAGUUCAUGGUCUCCAAGACUGGACUUGGCCCAGGGCCCCGGCCAGUACCCAGCCCCGCUGGGAUCCCCAGCCAGCACCACGGACGGCACCCAGGAAGCCCGAGUGCCCCUGGACGGGGCCUUCUGGAUCCCCAGGCCCCCGGCAGGUUCGCCCAAGGGCUGCUUCGCCUGCGUGUCCAAGCCCCCCGCUCUGCAGGCUCCAGCGGCCCCGGCCCCCGAGCCCUCGGCCUCGCCCCCCAUGGCGCCCACUCUCUUCCCCAUGGAAUCCAAGAACAGCAAGACAGACAGCGUGCGGGCUGCCGGCGCUCCCCAGGCCUGCAAGCACCUGGCAGAGAAGAAGACCAUGACGAACCCCACGACUGUCAUCGAGGUCUACCCCGACACCACCGAGGUGAACGACUACUACCUCUGGUCCAUCUUCAACUUUGUCUACCUCAACUUCUGCUGCCUUGGCUUCAUCGCCCUGGCCUACUCCCUCAAAGUUCGGGACAAGAAGCUUCUCAACGACCUGAAUGGCGCGGUGGAAGACGCGAAGACGGCCCGGCUGUUCAACAUCACCAGCUCGGCCCUGGCGGCCUCCUGCAUCAUCCUGGUCUUCAUCUUCCUGCGGUACCCGCUCACCGACUACUGAGGCCGCCCGCCUGGAGACGGAGCCCUGAGACGUGGUCGCGUUCGUGAUGGGCGCGAUGCUGGAUGCUGAGUGGUCGGGGCAGAGCAGGGCGUCUGCCCUGGGGCCCCCCCUGAAGCUGUGAACCCGGCAGCAGGGCCAUCAGAAGCUUCGUACAGUCAGCGGGCAGCGAGCUUUUGCCUCCUGGCUCUCCGCCUGUUUCUUGGGCCCGUGGUUUCCUCCUGUGCUGCUGCACCUUGGCUCCCAGUGGCUGCCCUCCCUGCCCGCCUGUGCCCCCUCCCGGGCUCCUGGGGCCCCUCAGACCUGACACCCAGCAAGAAGGGCUUCUGUGGGAGCCUCCCAGGAUGGGGGGGGGGGGUGGCUGCCAGCAUCUGAGGACUCACUCCAUCCUCCCCGACCCCGCCUCCUUCAAGCUGUGACCCUGCUCAGAGCUCUUGUAUCUGUGAACUUUCAAUAAAAUUCCUGCCCA